GCUCGCGGCCGCUGGCUGCUGCUGCUGGAAUGUGUUGACGUCAGAAGAAGGCUGGCUGGACCCAGGCGCGCGCGUGUACGUGCACGCCCCAUCUCGCGCACGAGAUGUUCCGUCCCGCUCCGUCGUCUCGCGCGCGUCUGUUUGUGCGAAGCGGGCGCUCGAGACUGAGGGAUGAACCGAGGCAGGCAGUCAUGAGAAAAGUAAGAGCACGCAUGGACCGAGAACAUGGAGUGUUAUGAAAGAAGCGGGCAAGGCGGCGCUGUCAUUCUCUGCGUCUGAAUUCACAGCGACUGUGCGGCUGUGGGGUGGCAGAAAGGACCGUUAGCUGAGCGGCUCGCGGCUACGGGAUAUCCGCACAACAAUGGCAACUCCCCACCAUUGAGGAACCCUGCACCCCCUCCUCCCUCUGUCCCUGACACCUCGACACAACUAUUUUCCAUCUCCUUUGAUCCAUUUAUCUCUCCAUCUUCCUGAAGCUGUCCAGCUCAAUCCCUCUGCUUCCACAUCCCCUCUUUGUUUCAAACAUGGACUCCUCUGGAGAAUUGACCUCAGGCCAGGAUGGACAUCUCGACCUCAGGAGCAGCCCCAGUCGCUCUGACCUCAGUGGACUGUACCAUCUGGGUCGGACAUUGGGCAGGGGGCACUUUGCCGUGGUCAAACUGGCUCGACAUGUGAACACCGGGCAACUGGUUGCUGUCAAGAUGAUUGACAAGACAAAACUUGAUGUUAUGGCAACAAGCCACCUCUUACAGGAAGUGAGGUGUAUGAGGCUGGUGCAGCAUCCCAAUGUGGUUCGGCUCUAUGAGGUCAUCGACACGCCCACGACCCUCUACCUGGUGAUGGAGCUGGCUGAGGGAGGUGACCUCUACGACUACAUCCUUCGACAUGAGGGAGGUGUAGCUGAGGGCACUGCUAAGCGUCAUUUCGCACAGAUUGUGCGCGCCGUGGCCUACUGCCACCAGCUCCACGUGGUACACCGGGAUCUGAAGCCCGAGAAUGUGGUGUUCUUUCCCCAGCAGGGCGCGGUGAAGCUGACAGACUUUGGAUUCAGCAACUUGUUCCAACCCGGAACCAUGUUGGCCACAAGCUGCGGGUCACUGGCGUACUCUGCUCCAGAGAUACUGCUGGGAGAAGAAUAUGAUGCUCCAGCUGUGGAUAUCUGGUCUCUCGGGGUGAUCCUGUACAUGUUGGUGUGUGGAGUCCCUCCCUUCCAGGAAACCAAUGACAGCGAGACUCUGGUCAUGAUUCUGGACUGUCGCUACUGCAUCCCCGAACAUGUUUCAGUGGACUGCAGAGAUCUGAUCUCCAGGAUGCUCCAGAAAGAUCCAUCUCGCCGCGCCUCCCUCGAGGAGAUCGAGGCUCAUCACUGGCUGCAGGGGCUGGAUACUGCCCUGCUCAGCCCAGAGGCCCCCCCACACUGGCUCUCAGGGGCCCUCUCUCCCAGCUCUCCACGCUCAGGAGUACCUGAGUGUGGGGACCUGCUCGCUGUGAGGCCCCCCACUCAGCAGGCUUUCCCUGGACCCUGGCAGCCGAGCCUCAGCCUCACACUCCGUCCGCCUCCAGCUGAAGAGCCUCCGGCCCUCAAGAACCUGCCUGCGCUACAGCAGAUCUGUGAGGAAGAGGAAGAAGAGGAGGAGGAAGAGGAGGAGGAGGCAAAAGCAGUUAGCAGUUUGCCAUCUGUGUUAGUAGAGGAGCCAGAGAGCCAAGCUAUUGAGAUGCUCGAUGAAGCAGAUGAUCAUAAGUGCAGACAAGAGGAACAAAAAGAAGAGUUAGGAAGCUUGUUGGAGAUAUUAGAGGAGGAAGAGGAGAUUCAGGAAGAGAUGGAAACAGAGAAAGAAGACAGUGGGUGUGUGAUUUCAGACCAGCCAGUCAGUCAUGGAGACAAGCCGGUCAGCCAGACACCUCAGGUCCCACCAUCAUCCCUGCCUGGUUUGGUUGUACCAUGCUGUCGGGGGCAGCUGGACUCCACGAGCCCAGAGGAAGGCAAGGACGAGGAGGCAGAACCCAACAACAACACUAACAAACCCCCUCCACUCCUCCCUGAAUCCUCCGUUCCCUCAAACCCUGCAUCCUCGGCAAGACUCAUCCUGAAUGACAAGGAGGCGCAAAAAACAGGCAGAGAAGCAGAACAAGACGAGAAAACAGUGGAGAGUGGAAGAGAUGACCUCGCAACAGACAGAUGUCAACCCCACAAUGCACCGGGGACCCGGGACGAGGUUGGCCCAAAGCCCGAGCAGGGGAAACGGCAUAGCAUAAAGCUACGUGAGAGACUUUUUCAGUUUCCUCUGUGUGAGAAAGCUCUGGCCUUCAACAUACCGGCACACAACAAGCCCAAGAUCCUGCCGCUGGCCCAGUACAACUGCUGCCACGUGCUGUAAGUGAAACCUGGGUGCUGCCAGUGGUGUGCUGCUCCUCUGGGACGUGCAGGCUGAUUAGCGGUGGUCAGGUGGCUUGCUGCUGAGCACAAACCUUGUGAAGCUGCAAGCCGCUGAGCUCCCUGCUGAGCCUCUCUGCUGCAGAGACUUUGAGGCAUGAGAGAAAUGGCCUUCAGCAACUCAACACCCAGUGUACAGUUUCAUACCUACAAACACUCAGCUCUAGCAUCGUGUUCAUGUACGAAACAUUGUGUUCAGUCUGACGUGGUGUACAGCACAGUAGUUGGACUCGGUAGAAUCUCAUGCAUUUGCUGCUGUGUACAGGAGCAACCAUAAUGACUCGACUGUGUGUGUAGCUCUGAACCAAUACAGGACCUACAGGAAGGAGGGCCACUGAAGAAAGAAGACUGCAAGAGUUUUUAUUGAAUAAGCUAUAGUCUGAUUAAAAGGUGCCUACAAAGAAAAAAAAGGUUUCAUACUGUACAUGGCCACGAUGUCAUUUUGUUUCUGACUGUAAAAAGCUCUUAAAGUCAGAAUGCUCUCACACUCAGUAGAUCCAUAUUUCAUAUUUUAUAGUAUAUGAAUUAGAAUCAACUUUGAACCAGCUUCUGCUACAGAGUAGCACUCAUUACUUGUCCCCUUGCACAAACUGCUUCUCUCAUUGGUUUAAAAGCUCAAAGCUCUAUCAAAGAAAGUCUGAGACUGUUAUAUAUGACAUGACAUGAUAUGAUAUGAUAUGAUAUAUGAUAUAUGAUAUAUGAUAUAAUACUGUGUAAUAUAUGCCUAAGACUGAGAAGAUGAUAUCAUUUUCUGUUCUCUGCUAAAGUCUUAUUAAUACGAUGACUUGUCCUAACAUGCUGUAUAAUACUAUCGAUAGGACCAUUGAUCGGGAUGCAGGUCUUCCAUUGUAUUUUGAACUUUUUAAUUUUACAGUUUAAAGAUAUUUGAACAUAACAGUUUUAUUUUGGAUGUGCAGAAGUUCCUUGAUUUUUUUUAUAACGUGACAAAGAUAUUCAUUCUCUGAAGAGAUACGUGACUUUGUGCAUGUUAUUACUGUUAUUUAUCACAAUAUACCUCCACGUGUCUUGGAUCUGACAGGACAUUUUUCUUGUGCAACUGUAAGUACCUUGAUGUAACCCUUUGAAUGAUGGAUUGCACACAGUACGACUAUUGGUAGCUCUCUGCAACCCAGGACCUGAUGGGUAGAACUGUUGGUCAUUUAGAUCAAGUGUUGUUCACUUGUAAUUGUGUAGCUGAGGAGUCCCUCCAUUUGGUUUUCUUUUACCAUUUCAUGCCUCUGUGUGUUUCUUUUCUCAUAGAGACUGUACUUUCCCUCUUUUGAAGCUGGGACGAGAAGUGUAGAAUUGUGUAAAGUAAAAGAAGGCCAAAGCUGUAAAAUAAGAUACAUCCUCCAGUAGUUCAGUAAACACAUUUCGCACACUCACUGCAACAAAUUGGAUUUUUAACUUGUGACCAUGACCGGAAGCUCCCUGUCUAUAUAAGGAGUGGACGUCACGUGUAAAAUCUGAGUAUCACUCACAUUUCAUCAGCCAUGGAAGCGUAAAAUCUGUGCAGAAGAGGGAUAAAAUCCCAUUAUUUGUUCCUGUGAUUUCAGCCUGUCUGUCCUCAGUGUGUCUACUGACCUGCAUUGUAACUAGGACCACGUCUCUACGGAGCCAUGAACUUAUUUUUCUCUAUUUAUUUAUUAAAAUCGAUUAAAUCAACAG